AUGAAUAAUUAUUUAGUCGAUAUUAGUCAACCCAUACAAAGACUUCACAAAUGGCCUAUUAGAAAUAGAUCAAGCCAGGAGUCACACUAUUCAGCCAGGUCCAGUUGGUUAGUGCCACUCAGUAGAACUUGCCUCAAUAUGCUGGUGCCGAUAUUCACAUUGAGGCUGAAUCACAAGAUCAACCCACGUCAGGUCACAGUAGGGAAAUAUGAUGGAAGCCAUCCAUGUUUAACUUGUGCUACAACUGCAGGCAAAGUAUUUAUUCAUAACCCUCACACUAGAGCUCAGACGGGAGGUAGACUUGCGGGUACAACAGACAAUGACAUCACACUACUCAAUAUUAACCAAUCAGUGAGCGCGGUUAGCUCUGGAAAAUUAGAUGUAAAUUCAGAAAAUGAUCUCCUCGCAGUUGGAACUCAAACUAAUGUUCUGGCAUAUGAUGUCAAUAAAAAUUCAGAUGUAUUUUACAAAGAUACUCCAGAUGGGGCAAACUCUAUAGUCUUAGGUACCCUUGGCUCCAUAGAUUCCCCUUUAGCCAUAGUGGGUGGUAACUGUUCAAUCAUGGGCUAUGACAUAGAGGGAGAAGACAAGUUCUGGACUGUCACUGGGGACAAUGUAUGCUCCCUAGCACUCGUUGACUUCAAUGGAGAUGGAAAGGAUGAGUUGAUAGUUGGAUCUGAGGAUUUUGACAUCCGUGUCUUUGAAGAGGAUAUCAUAAUGUCUGAGAUGACAGAGACGGAGGCUAUAACAUCACUCUGCCCAAUGCAGGGGUCAAGAUUUGGCUAUGCACUUGCAAAUGGAACAGUUGGCGUUUACGAUAAAACAGCAAGAUAUUGGCGAAUAAAGUCUAAGAAUCAUGCAGUGACAAUCCACAGUUUUGACCUUGACUCUGAUGGUGUUCCCGAACUGAUCACAGGCUGGAGUAAUGGCAAGAUUGAUGCGAGGAGUGAUAGGACAGGUGAAGUUGUCUUUAAGGAUAACUUCUCAACUGCUGUUGCUGGCAUAGUAGAGGGUGACUAUAGAAUGGAUGGAAACCAACAUCUGAUUUGUUGCUCAAUAGAGGGGGAAAUAAGGGGCUACCAAGCUGCACGUCCUGAAAUGAAGGGAAACCUCAUGGACAACAACAUAGAACAAGAUACAAUUAGAGAACUAAGUCAACGAAAACAGAAUCUAUUACUAGAGUUAAAGAAUUAUGAAGAGAAUGUGAAAGCUGCCCACUCAAACCGUCCAUCAGGUCUUGGAGAUCUAGACUCACAACAGAUGGGUAUAAUCCCUGCCAACACUCAGCUACAGACCACACUAUGUGUGAAUCCCGGAACAGAGAAGAAACCACCACAUGUAGAACUAACCAUAUCAACAACAAACGAUUGUCAGAUACGAUCUGUCCUUAUAUUUGCUGAAGGAAUAUUUGAGGGGGAAAGUCAUGUAGUUCAUCCACCACAGAGUAGCUUAUCUAGUGAAAUAAAAGUUCCAAUCAUUCCACCUAAAGAUGUCCCUGUGGACUUACAUAUAAAAGCUUUUGUAGGUUAUAAAAAUAGUUCGCAAUAUCAUGUGUUUGAGUUGACUAGACAACUGCCAAGAUUCUCCAUGUACGCGCUUUACCAUGUUGAGGCCCCUAAACCAAUCAGCAUGGUGUCCUUCCACAUCAACGACAGAAUAAAUCGAGUGCUAAUGUGGAUAAAUCAGAAUUUCCUUCUUCAAGAAGACUACACAGCUGAUGGUGAUCUAAACAUCACAUUCAUGUCUCUUAGAGGGGCUGGAUCUCUCAUACUUCAAAUGAACCAAAAUGGACAGGUGAAUAUCCUGACUGAUGAUAUGGACAUAGCUGGUGAUGUGAUCCAAGCACUGUGUGUGUUCCUCAAUAUUGAAGACCUGCAGGUCCAGGCAGACUUCCCUGCUAUUAUGGAGGCUCUGAAGAUCACAUUGCUCAAGGUGGAUGAGAUUCACACUGUACGACAGAAGUUGACAGCUGAGAUGGCUGACCAUUCUAACUUGAUUCGUAGUCUGGUGGUGCGGGCUGAAGACGCAAGAAUCAUGUCAGAUAUGAAAAAUAUGAGGAAAGGUUACAUGGAACUGUAUGACUUGAACAGAGACUUGAUCAAUGGCUACAAGAUUAGAUCUAACAACCACACAGAGCUACUAGCAUGUCUUAAAAUGGUCAAUCAAACAAUACAAAAGUCUGGUAAUCUAAGAGUGGGUAAACCAAAAACACAAGCCAUAGCUGAAUGUAGAACAGCCUUCAAAGCCAACAAUAUCGCAGGACUCUUUAAAAUCAUCAAAACUGGUUCAUCCUGAGACCUGUACAGUGGAUAUAGAAAGUUUCUUAUUAUCAAUACUUCUGGUACAUCCUGUUUAUCUCAUAGAAAGUAGAAACUGAGUUUUCUCAAUUCAUUUCUACUUGAACAAUUUUACAAGUCAAAUAUCACACACUUGGUGCAAGUUGUGAGAAUAGUUGGAGUCAACGUGAAGAUGAACAACUGGGAAUAGAGCUCUCGAAAAACCAUGAUUUCAUCACUGUUUCAAUUUUACUUUUACCAAUCUGCCUUCUAGUAUAAUGACGGAGUUUAUCUUUCACAAGGGCCUGCUGACUUUCUGCUGAUUACUACACUCAUCCAACUUGCAACCUGUUGAAAAUACCAGGCCAAAGGAGCAGUGAAAUGGUUCAGACUGCCAAAUAAUUGAAACAUGUUAUCAAGGAAUUGUCACAAUUCUGGUUGGAGUUGACACAAUUUUUGAAACCAUUAAUUGUAUCCUCAUUGUCUGUCCAAAUCAACUGUUUCUGGUAUGCCCUGUACUACUUGUUUAAAUGAUCUCAUCUCACUAUGUCAAAGUCCGUCCAGUUAUUCACUCGAUAUUAUUAUAUUUUUUAUGGAACAAAAAUAAGCAAUUUAUUCCUUGCAUGACAUCCUCCGAUCACAGACGGCUUCAAAAUGCAGAAUAUAUUCAUCCUUUUUACCCCCUGCGAUAAGC